GCGACGGCCAUGUUUAUAUUUCUUCUGCAUAACUGUAAAGUGAAGUGAAGUGGAACUUGGUUCGUUUUCUAGAUGUAUUCUGGUGUAAUUUACGAUGGUGGUUUUCGUUACAGUGCAAUUUUCAAGAUGAAAUACAUUCUGGUAUUUGACAAAAUCAACAACUGCCAUAAUGUCAGCGAGGGAUUGGAAAUACCAUCAAAUAUGUUGGCCAGCUCUCUAGCAAAAGCAUAAUGUCUGAAGAAGAUUCGUCUUCAGCAUCUGGAAAUGCUUGUUCUACAUCUCCAUCCGUUCAGCAGCAGUUGAACAGCGAGGUAUGGCGUGGGUUGACCAGCGGCGGGGCAGGUGGUGUGGGCUCGCGGAGUGGAGGGGGACCUCGCAGUCUGCUCCUCAAGAGGUCGGAAAAUGGAUUCGGAUUCACACUCAGGCAUUUCAUCGUCUAUCCACCCGAGUCCUAUACGGUUUUGGUGCCCGGAUGCCGAUCGGGAUGCGAGCCAAUGGAUACAAUGUUCGUGAAGAGUGUGCGACCGAAUUCGCCAGCCGCCUGCGCCGGCCUGCAGACGGGAGACCGCGUGGUGUCGGUGAAUGGGCAGACAGUGACCGGGUCACUCACAUACGCCCAUGUCGUGCACAUGAUCAGCCAAUCACCGAAACAUCUGCAUCUGUUGGUGGUUCCCAGGCAUGAUGAUCUCCUACAAUUGUAUUUUGGAGACACAGCCCACAACCCCGAGACAAACCCGCGCGUUCGGCUGAGGUCACCCUCUUCGGGGGGCAGUGCUUCCCCCUCGCGGCGACCGCCCCUGCUCUCGCAUCACCAGAGUGUUCCCCCGCUCACGCCUCCACUGUUGUCGCACCAUCAUCAUCAUAGCAGCAGACUGUUGGCUGUUAAUCCAGGAGGAGGCCGAGAAUGUUCGUCUCUCUCUUUGGAGGCUGGAGUGGGGGGAGGUGGUGGUAAUCAGGAGUGGAGGAGAGCCAGUGAUGGAGGAGGAGGAGGGGAAAAGGACGGAGAUAGUUGCAGUGCGUCUAGCAGUUUGGACUCGAUGUCACGGGCUGACUUUCACAGCAGUGAUGACUCGCUUAUUAUUGAUAGGAUCCGUAAAAGCUUCGAGCAGAAGGAAGAGUUUCUGCGUGGAGGAGUGACUCAGCCGUCUGCUUCCCCCUCCAACCCGCCCAUCCAGUGGCCGGCCGCCAUUCCUGCCUCAUGUGUCAUCAAGCCGUCAACCACCGAACAAGCAGUUCCAUGGCGGACGAAGCCGGCAGCAGUGUCUCCACGCUGCAAAGGCCUGACUAGGAUAGAUGAGAGCGGCUCCAGCUCUAUGUCUAUGUCUAGCUGCUCUAGCUCUGCUCUAGGCGGAGCUCUGGUGCCUGUCGCUACGCGUGCACAAGUCUUCGAAGAGGGUGCCGGCCUCACAGGUGUGCAGCUGUUUCGCAGCGAGCUGGCCGGUUUGAGUGAGAAGCGCAGUGCACCGGAUGUGGCGUUGAGAAGGCGGCAGUUCGAGACACAAGGCAUCACCAGUCGGACACAAGAUGGCGGCGGACCUGUGCCAUCAGCGGCCAACCAAGACAAGCGCGCUGGCAUCAGUCGAUCCCUCGAUAUGGGGUGCGCGAUGUCUGGCAACCGCACCACCCCAGUGGGAGGGUCGAGACUGCAUUGUGAGCCACCUGUGCAACGACAAUCACCCACUUCCAAUCAAGGCCUAGCAACAAGUAAUAGUAGUAGCAGUAUAGGAUCUGAAUGGGGUGGUGGGGGAACCUCUUCCUCCCCUCCACCAGUCUCGCAGCGUCACAAAGCUGUCAGACAAGACUCCUACCUGGCUGCCUGUCACAAGCCACAGACCACACAGGCUGCAUCAUCAGAAGUCGCAGCUGAUUCAGCUGCAGCUGUAACAGCUGAUUCGGAAAAUGAGAAGCAGCAGCUGGAGAAGAAGAAGCAGAAGAAGAAAAAGUUGAAAAGCAGUUCAUUACGAUCAGCUGUUCGACCCAGCAGACUUGACCUUGCCAAGGUCGCCAGGCCGCUCAGCUGUGGUGGAACCCCUCCCCCUUCGCCUUUAUCGCAAGAUGCGAAGGACGACCUAAUAAAGCAAUCUCCAACCGAUGACCAACAAAAUACUGACGUUGACCAAUCCCACCAGAAGCGAGUCUCGUAUCUGAAACAAAUUUGGACGGAAAAUGCUAACCGAACUUCACCCACCCCACCCAGUAGCUCUCAGCUGCUAAACGAACGACUAAAGAAGAAGAAGAAACGGGAAGACGGGGAAGCAGCGGCAGAACAGGAUGAAGGCCCCCUAGUGGUGGUGGAAGGCAGCCUGAUGUGCAGUGUGCUUGAUACUGCAUCUAGUGGUACUGCUAAUAGACGAGUGGCGCUAUCUAGCAGCCAACAGUGGAACCCGGUGUGGGCGAUUCUCAGGGGACCCGUCCUGCAUCUGAUGCGGCUCAAACAGGCUGAGACGCCCGGCCUGUCGAGUCCCCUAGGCACCGACCAGCUAGCCUGUCGCGAGGAGUGGUGGAGCCAAGACCUGUGCGCCCGAGGCGUUAUCAUACAGCAAUGUGUUGUGGACCCUUCUAGCACUGCUCCCGCUACAGCCACCAAACGAGGCGCCAACACCAGGCAUGUGAUCAGUGUGCAGGUGCCUCCGCAAUCAGCUGAUCAUCAGCCCCAACCAGCUGAUCAGCUGUUGCUGCAGGCAGCCGAUGUGUGCAGUCAUGAGCAGUGGCUGCGUGCCUUGCAUAAUGUCGUCGAUAAGCCGGCGCCAAGGGGGGAAGGCCGCAAGAACAGUGAAGACUGCCAACCGGCUGGCCAGUCGUCGCAAACGCCCCAGGUGCAGGUGCAACAGCAGCAGCAGCAGCUAGCGUCGCCCAAGUGCAAAACGUGGAAGGGCCGCGUCGCCAAGCAGUUUCGGCGAAUUGGGCAGGCGGGCAGUGGGGGUGGGGGGACCCGGGAAGGGGGGUCGUCCCCCAUUUCACCUACUGCGGGGCCCCCCCAGGCCAGUGCCAGCUACCAGGAGGGCGCCUCCAUCGGGGUGCCUCUGGAUUGGUGUCCGCAGUCUGCGAAUCAUGACGGUGUGCCCCUAUUGGUGGAUGUGUGCUGUGGUGAAGUGGAGGGGAGAGGUCUGGAGGUGGUUGGUGUCUACAGGGUGCCUGGCAAUACGGCUGCUGUUACCAAUCUCACCGAACAGGUGAACAAAGCAAGCGGCGGAGAUGUGAUAGCUGGUCUGGUGGCGCAGGCCGACGUGAAUGUGGUCUCGUCGCUGCUCAAGUCGCUGUUCCGUCGUCUGCCAGAUGCUCUGCUCACAUCCGACCUCUAUCCACUCUUCAUUGCUGCCGACAAGAUACCCGAUCCACUGCUGAGGGCGGCCACCAUUAGGAAGCUGGUUCACUCACUGCCCGACCACCACUUUGAAACGCUGCGCUUUGUGAUGGCUCACCUGAAGCGAGUGGUCGCCCGCAGUGAAGUCAACAAAAUGGAGGCGCGUAAUCUGGCCAUUGUGUUUGGACCCACCUUGGUGCGGACGUCGGACGACGACAGCAUGCUCACACUGGUCACUGACAUGUCGCAUCAGUGUCGAAUCGUCGAGACUCUCAUACUGCAUGCGGACUGGUGCUUCAGUGAUGACGACAUCGACCGGUUGCAGCUGGCGAGUGGCGGCGGAGGAGGAAGUGUGAGUGGAGAUGGCCCCUCCCUUCCCCCGGGACCCACGGUCGACCACAUCACCGACAAUCACAGCUUGCUACUCGAGAACAUACACAAAGUACAGGGUAUGAAAAGCGGGAUUGGCGAGGUGGGUGGUGGAGGGGGUAGCAACAUGAAGGAGAUAUCGGCAAAAGACAUAGUGGUGUCGAUCAUUGGCGCUGCCAACCGCAAGAUGCACAAGUCCAAGUCGCGAUCGGGCUGCGGCACCAGCUCUUCCAAGCUGCAGCAGCAGACGAGUGAGGUGGAUGGUGGUGGGGGAAGCAGGGGCGUGGCUGCCUCUAUCAGAGAGUCGGUACUGUUCUCGGGCAGUAUACUGGCUGCAUCAUCAACUGCCAGUGUCAAGCACCAGCGCAAACACGAUGGCGUGGAAGAGAGGCGUGGUAGUGGUGGGAGUGGCCAGGAGCAGAGUGGUGGGGGUGAUGGAGGGAGUAGUAAUGCGGCAGUUGAUGCUGAUGGCAUGAUCAGGACUUACACUGGACUGUCUGCCUGCAAACAGGAACGCAUCAGAAGGUUUGAACAGGAGACAAAGGCGAUGCUACAGCGUGUUGGAGCCACAGCUGUGGAAGACAGACCCAAGAGAGAAUUCGACUUUAGCGCUAACCAAGACGAGAGUCCACCCUCAGGCGAAGACCUGCUAUCGAGUCUGACGUCGACGUUUGAUGCGAAAAUGCGCUCACUGCUGUCUGGGUCGGCUGCUGCGGUCACGGCAGAAGUGGAGCCACCUGUGGCUGGGGACCCGGCAGAUGAUGUGACGGCAGACGUGACGUCAUCGACAUCAGCCGAUGUGACGUCACCCGCCUUCCGUGAUCCCAGCCUGCAUCGGUCCACCUCUACUACUUCUGCCGGCUCCAGUCAACACUGCUAUCAGUUGAACCGUAGCAACUCAUCAACCGGCGGCGGCGGCAGCAGCCAGGAAAGCAAACAGCAGAGUGUCAAUGAAGAGGGGGAUGAGGGGGACGAACAAUCAUCAUUAUCACUAGAAGGAAAGAAGAAGAAGAAACGAGUGGAAGGAGAAGCAGAGGAAGAAGGAGAGGGCGAAGAGAAGAAGGACGACAGUGUGCUCACCAAGGAUCCUCUGUCCUGUAAAGUCAUUUUACAGGAGCAGAAAAAGGAUGAUGAUGAAGCCGCCUUUGUUUGCAAGGUGCGACGCAGUGAAUCGUUGGAGAAACGCGCGUUGAAAAACGCAGACGAUUUGCUGGCGGCUGGAGAGAGCAAGAUAUCGCGUCGCAGUUCAGAUCGCGCGUUGAAACGCAGUGAUUCGCUCACCAAGUCAGAGAAGACCGAAUCGAAUCUCUAUCGGCGGCGACAGGCCAGCCAACAACAGGCAAGCAAACGUAAGAACGGUGUAGGAGCGACCAGUAGUAGUGCGGGAGGGGGAGGGGGAGGGGGAACCAACACACGCAAAUGCGCCAUCAAACGGCGUCACACAGUCGGAGGCACCAAGGACCUGACGUGGGCACUGGACGCAGUGGAAACUGGACGCAGUGACAGUGGCUCGGGUGCCGGUGGUUCGGAGGCCACCUACCAGCACAGGCGAACCUCAUCGCCGGACCUCAGUCGAGCCGCGCGCUCUGCCUGCUGUACGCUGGUCGUCGCUCCGUGGGGGGGUGAGGGUGUCGGGGUCACUUCGCCGCUCGAGUCGCACGUCUAGUGCGGCCAUCUUGGAUGCUGAGGUAUAGUGAGGUCCACGUUAUAAUGGCAGUGUAGGAAGAUAGGAGAAAAGGGUUGCCACAUCUCAGCCUUGCCACCCAAUCAGCUGAUACUCAUAUAUCUCAUGAAUUUAACUGUUCAUUAUUGUUG